UAACAAGUUAGUAAGCAACUAUUUAGUGAUUAUUUCCUAUAAUUUAAAAAUUAGUAUUGCUACGGCUGCGAUGACACAUUAAAGUUCUAGAAUGUGUAGCGAACACGGCGAAUUUAAAGUACGCUAUCGAAAAUGUAUUAAUUAAGACCAUAAUGCGUUCAGCUGCUUAGUAUUUGUAGUAUUUUAAAGCAUGUUAACCAUUAACGGUACUUUUCCCAAAUUUUAAAAUUGAAAAAUGUAAAAAUAUAAAACACAAAUAUGGCAAGACGAUGUAGUACUUAGAUGUUGAUUGCUAGAAAAAAUUACCUUUUUAUUUAAAAAAAAAAAUACUUUUGCUGAAAUAUGUUAAUAUCCUCUUAAUAACUCAAUUAAAGUACCUUUAUUUCAUUUGGACAAUCAAGUGGUCAAAGAAAUUGUCUCCAGCAACAGUAUUGAACCUAGCACAAUCAAUUUUUAACAGAUGUAAUGUUUCCGGAAACAACAACUGUGCGGCGAAUUCGUACUAUCCCUAUCUUUCUCGCACUCAUGUGAACUUCCAUAAAAAAUAUACUGGCUAAGUAGCAUUACUUUUCUAAAUCCAUUACUUUCUUGACAACUAAAGCAAAGACUUUUUAGACGUCAUACAAGAGUUUCGUUUUUAUUGACUUUACUUUUGAAAAGUCUGGUCGGGUACUUAUUUUCUUGCAAAUCGAAAAAUGAACGACCAGAAGCACCGGAAAUUGCGCUACUACACCUCCUGGGAGGAGGCGUUUCUAGUGCAGCUAUGGCGCGAGCACCUUCACGAUAUUUCCGCCUACACAGAAAACCUGCCCAUAUUCCGGAAGAUUGCGCAAGUCGUGCGGCAGCACGGCAUUCAGCUGAACCCACAGGAGGUUCGCCGGCGCAUUAACAGCUACCGCAAAAAGUAUUUAAACGAACGCAAACGCUUUGAGAGCAACCCGGAAUACCAGUCGGACUGGCGCCUGUACGCCCUAAUUGACUCCCUGUUCCGUCCUGACCACCAUGUGGUGGAGGAGACCGGCUCCCGAUUGCGCCACAUGGCAUCCGCUCCGGUGAGGUUCGAGCGGGAUCCGUACGGAAGUGCCUUCCUGGAAGCUUAGCCUCUACUGCUGCCAACAUCAAGGCGAAAACUCCGGGACAGAUUUGUCUUAAGUUGGAAAAAAAGUUUCACCGGGAAUGCGGUCACAUAAAUUUGACAAGCAAAAGGGAUUUAUCAAAUCAAAA